UGAAUAUUAAUCCUAGUUUGGGGCCCUAACCGAAAUCUGCGUGCAAUCCAUUACAGUUGGGCCUGUAUUUGGGCCUGAUUAAUCGUCUAGCCCUUGAUUUUUUAACCACAGGUGAUUCCCCAACGAAUCUAUCGAUCCUCGAUGUCGAAGAGAAUCCUUUGUAAAUUCUUUGCUCAUGGUGCAUGCUUGAAAGGGGAAAACUGUGAAUUCUCACAUGACUGGAAGGAUCCUACAAACAAUAUUUGCACGUACUACCAGAAAGGAAUCUGCUCUUAUGGAAGCCGAUGCAGGUACGAACAUGUCAAAGCUUCUCGGCCUCAUCCAUCUGCUUCAUCUUCCUCGGGCGUGCCUCGAUCACCUCCUGCUUCUGCUUCCAACCUUCUUGCUUUGAGCUCAGUUUCCUCAUCAUGUUUAAAACCAGCGUGGAAUUUGGAUUCUCUUCACCAGGAUUCCUUAGACGAGGUCAGCACAUUUAACCCUGGUACAACCAAACCAGAAGAACAACCCAUUUGCUCAUAUGCUGCUGCUGGUGAUUGCCCACGUGGUGAUGAAUGCCCUCACAUCCAUGGAAAUAUUUGCCCAACUUGUCGGAAACAUUGCUUGCAUCCUUUCAGACUUGAGGAGAGAGACGAGCACAAGAGGGUGUGUGAAAAAAAGCAUAAGCAGCUUGAAGCAUUAAAACUUAGCCAAGAGAUCGAGUGUUGUGUCUGUUUGGAACGUGUAUUGUCUAAGCCAACUCCUUCUGAACGGAAGUUUGGGCUACUCACUGAAUGUGAUCAUGCUUUCUGCAUAGCAUGUAUCAGGAAUUGGCGUAGCAGUUCUCCUUCCACUGGAAUGGAUGUCAAUAGCACACUGAGGGCUUGUCCCAUAUGCCGCAAGUUAUCAUAUUUUGUUGUUCCUAGUGUAAUCUGGUUUUCAGCUCCAGAAGAGAAAAAAGAAAUUAUAAACAACUAUAGGGAAAAACUCAGGUCAAUUGAUUGUAAGCACUUCAAUUUCGGAGAUGGGAAUUGUCCGUUUGGGACUAGUUGCUUUUACAAGCAUGCAUAUCAUGAUGGUCGUUUGGAGGAAGUGGUUCUGCGGCAUCUGGAUGCAGAAGAUGGGCAAACUGUGAUAGCAAAAGAUAUAAGGUUGUCUGAUUUCCUUGAGGAUAUGCACAUAUGAACAAAGACCCUCUUGGAACAAUAAGGGAGAAGGCAAAUAUGUUGUGAUGAACAACAACUCUCUCCUUGUUUUUUUUUUGGGUGGGUUUUACCCAUUCAAUGAUUGAUUUGAGUUGGAAGAUUUAAUCUUUACCGAGGUUUUUAUUUUUGUCGGAGAUCAAAAAUAAUCGUUAUCUUCUGCAAGAUAUUCAAGUUCAUUUUGGAUAUGAUCAUGUUUUCACUGUUGAACCGAGAGAUCGAAGUGGUGGUUUAGCGCUUUUUAUAUA